AUGGAGGUCAGUUCCCCCUCACACCCAGCGGUUCCUCGUGGGCUGGGCAGCCAGAGCCUGCGCCGCCCUUCGCCUGCAGGACAGACGGACCACCUGUGGCUGGCUAACCCCUCCUGUCUCCUGGGUGCCGCGGUGGGCCCAGACCUGUCCUUCCGAAGCCGCUUGCCACUCCCAGAGCCCCCAGGCUGGGCCCAAGGCCGGCCCAUCCCCCACCCCAAAUGUCCCGUCUCAGGCUGCGGACAGACCCCUGCCAGCCCGGGAGAAGCCUGGCUCCUGGUUCCAGAUACUUCGGACAGACACCAAGGCCACCUUGUCCCUCCGCGCGGACACCCGAGCUCCAAGCAAGGGGAGGUCCCCGCGGCCCCGGAGAGCUUCCACCCCGCCAGUCCGCCCCUGUCCCGCCUUCCCUAUCCCCUCGGGCACCUCUCGGCUCCCCGACAUCUCCGGGCGCCGCUCUACCCAGCAACAGUUUGGGGCGGCUCGGGCCUCCCCGGGGGGAUUAAGGCCCAGCCUCCCCCUCCCCUGCCGCCUCCGGUGCUGCCCGAGCGGUCGGCCGCCUUUACCUUCUCCCCCCUGCCUCCAUCUGCCCCGGCGGCCGCCUCCCUCCCCAAGUCACCGGCUCCCGGGGCCGGCGUCCCCGCGGCCGCCCGCGGCUCGCCCCUCCCCCAGCCCCCCGGCCAGCGUGGCGCGGGGGAGGGGGAGGGGGGAAACGGGGCGACGGGGACCCCGAGCCCGGCCGCUCCCGCCGCGUCCCCCCGCCGCCACGCCGACGGCCCCUCGCGCCGCCCGGGGCUCAGCCCGGGGCCUCACACUCACCCGCGGGCGCCGUCCGGGCUCCCGGGGCCGCCGUCCCCCGCUCGGCUCUGGCUUCGGCCCGGGGCUGGGCUGGGGGAGGCCGGGGCGCGCCCUCCCUCCGCGCCGCCGCCGCCCGCGCAGGCCGGGCAGGGUCGCGGGCGCCUUCCCCGCCGCCGAGUUGUCCGGGGAGCGGUCCUGGGCCCAGGCCGGGCGAGCGCGGCCGCAGAAUCGCCGUCCUCGCCGCCCCCGCCCGCGCCGUCCGCGCCCCGGGCUCCGCGCCGCCCUGCGCGUCGUGGCCGGAGGCUGGCGGGCGACAGCCGGGCGCUCCCUCCGCGCCGCGCGGCCGCAAGUGCACGGAGCAGGCCCUCGCGCGCCCGGCGCCCCUCCGCGCGCCCCUCCUCCCGGCUUCGCGCUCAACCUGCCCGCCCGCUUCGCCGCCGCUCUCCCAACCUCCGCGCCCCGCUCCGGUCGCCUCCUCCCCGCCGGCAUGCCACGCCACCCCCCACCCCCCCACUCUGGUCCCGCUGCCAGUUUAACUCUUGA